UUCACUUCCAAGCCACUGCCUGCAAACCAAAAAAAAAGACGGAAAAGCAAAAUACCGGACGAGGCCGGGUCAUCUUCCUGGUGUCCUCGUUCCUUCAUCUAGCUCCUUGAGCCUCCAAGAGGGUAGCUUCGGCGGACCUCGACGAGCGGUUCGUACCUCUUGCCCCGCGUCAAAUGUCUCCCAUCCUCAAACGAGACAUCUCUGAACAUGCUCGCCAAGCUAGAAAAUUAGCUUCUGUGCUUACGGGAGAACGGGCACCGUCCCCUGAAGGAUCAUGGAACAAUGAACCUUCAAGUUCGACCUUGGUCUCUUUGGACUCUCCGAGAAUAGAGCCUGGGAAUGGAUCAAUUGCCACGGGACGGAAGAUCAAUGAGAUCCUGGAUAGAGACCGGCAUGUGACUGAUCUGAACAAAGAAGAAGACUCUGGUCAAGUGCUUGGGCGUGUUGAGAGUGAUGAACAUCAAAGAAUGUUACAAUCUCCGUGGAGUGGACAGGUGGAACGGAUGGGCUUUCUCGAUGCACACGAUGACGGGCUGAAUACGAGCUGGAAGGCUCAAGGUGGCCAGUGGGCAGAUCUGAAGAGCUUGUUAAUGGGAGUAAGUUGAGGGGAGUCUGCCAGCGUGGUGUCCAAGCUAAAAGGAAAAAUCUGUGAUACAGAGCACACCAUCACUUCUCCUGUCGCUGGUCGGU